UUUAGAGAGUGUGGUCAUGUCGGAGACUGCUCCAGCCCCCGCUGCGGAGGCAGCACUCGCACCUCCGGCGGCUGCUGCCAAAGUCGCCGCCAAGAAGCCGAAGAAGGCGGCGGGCGGUUCCAAAGCCCGGAAGCCUGCUGGUCCUAGCGUCACCGAGCUGAUCACCAAGGCCGUGUCUGCUUCCAAAGAACGCAAGGGACUCUCCCUCGCUGCGCUCAAGAAGGCGCUGGCCGCCGGCGGCUACGAUGUGGAGAAGAACAACAGCCGCAUCAAGCUGGGGCUCAAGAGCCUCGUUAGCAAAGGCACUCUGGUGCAGACCAAGGGCACCGGUGCCUCCGGCUCUUUCCGCCUCAACAAGAAACCGGGAGAAGUGAAAGAAAAAGCCCCCAAAAAGAGGGCAGCUGUGGCCAAACCCAAGAAGCCGGCAGCCAAGAAACCUGCUAGCGCCGCUAGGAAGCCCAAGAAAGCUGUGACAGCGAAGAAAAGCCCCAAGAAAGUGAGGAAGCCGGCGGCCAAGAAGGCAGCGAAGAGCCCCAAAAAGACGGCUAAGGUGGCCAAGCCCAAGAAGGUGGUGACAGCAGCUAAGACUCUAGCCAAGGCGAAAGCGGUGAAGCCCAAAGCAGCCAAGCCCAAGCCGACUAAGCCUAAAGCAGCUAAGUCGAAAAGGGCGGCGCCUAAGAAGAAGUAAGUCCCCGUGAAGGAAAGUUUCUGCACUGCACUUAAACCCAACGGCUCUUUUAAGAGCCACCCACCUUUUCUCAAAAAGAGCUGAAAAUGCGAGAGGGUUUCGGUUUUUUUCAAAUGUUUGAUAAAUAGUGAAAUGCUCUCGUAGCUUUAAAGUCACACCCAAUGCAUCAAACGUCAUCAAAUGGACGGUGAAAGGAACUUCCACGGACAGCAUUUGGUGCUGCUCUAAUGGUUACUUCAGUGCAAUACCAGGGACAUCGUUCCCUUUAAGG